GCGGUCGAUUUGUUCCAGUGCUCCCGCUCGUUCGUGCCCUACUUCGAUUGCCAUCGAUCGCCUUGCGACUUGUCUGAUUUCCCCUAUACUGCUAUUACUACUACUAUUCUUUUCUGGAAAAUGAAUACCCCAAUUUACCCCUUCCAACCCAAGAGAGGCAAAAGAAGGAUGAUUCAGUCAACUCAACGCCCCCGGAUUUCGAUAGGGCCGCAGAAGAUCUGCUCAAGGACGACUCAAUUCCAUUGUAUGCCAGGACCAUCGUCGCUUAUUUGCUUGAACGAAGAAGGAACUACGAAGAAGUUAGCAGGGAGAACCGACAUGCGGCUUUCUUUGGCUGCUAUCACAAAAACGUGGUUAACCGAUUCCACGAGUGAAGCUCUUUAUUUGGAGAUCUAAUCGCUAACUAUUCAUUUUGCAGAUGUGAUCGAGUAGGCAAGAGGGG